AUGCUCAACAAUAAGGUUCUAAGUAUUUGUGGCAAAACAGGGACUAAUCUACCUAAGAAUCGUCAUGGUCUGAUGAAACUUCUGCGGAUACGGUACCACCAGAAAUUAUUCCAGAUCUUACAGCAUCGGUUAUCCGAUCAGGAAUCCUCCAUGAAAGACUCCAUCGAUAAGAGGCAUCUAUACAAUCAAUACAAUACUCGACAGGACCACUUGGGCUCGCUUGGUCUACCCAAUGAGGUUGGGUCCCGGCAGGUUGACAUCCCUCUCUCCUUGGCCAACAAAAAGACAUCGUUCGUUAUUCCUGGACUCAUCAGUGACUUAUACCACGGCGGGAAUGACUAUUUCGGUGACUUACUGAGAAAGCUCAACCCCUCCUGGACCAAAGGAUCGGUACACCAACGGGAAGUGAUCUGGAUUUAUGGGACAAAAGGAUUAGGCAAGACACAUCUCUGUUCCGAAUUUGCAGACAAACACAAAACCUGUUAUUCGGGUGUCUUUUGGUUCAGUUUUUCUAAAGAACAAACCCGGUUUGAGAGUCUCGAUCCCUCAUCUAAAAUACGUACGCUUCAUCAACUGUCUGAUGUUCAAGAGCCAUGGCUUUUGAUCAUAGACAAUGCUCCAUCCUUGACAGAGGCAGAAGAGCUUUUCCCUUGCGGCGACAAGGGACACAUUCUUGUCACGACCAAAUCAUCUCCUGCUAGGACUACUGAUUCCAUUCACGUUUUGGACAUGGACCAUGAAGAUAAAAAGGGGUUCCUUCUGUGGGAUGCAGGGUUUGUGAAGCCUUGGAGUGACUCAGAUAUUGCGUGGAACGAAGAUGUUGGAGAGUGGAAUUCAAGGGCGAUACCUCACAGAAACUGGACCGACACUCCCAUUUCCAAGGACGCAUUGAAACUACUCAAUAUUUCCUCCUUUUUUACCACCAGAUACAUCACUUUGGUCACCUUGGCAAAAUCACUCAUCAUAUACGAAGCCGUUGUGAAAGAGCAGCGACGGAAGCAGUCGAACAUAUGGGCAGGAACAUGCAGAAUUAUCAAAUUUUCGCCAACCAAACUCGCCAGACAGAAUGGCGAAGUGCACAAUAUGCCUCAAGCCUCACCUUGUCGCCAAAUCCCAGGGUCGCUUGACCGUUCAAGAGCUACUUGUGCAAGGACGGAGUUCGUUGACAUGUCGUCGCUUCAACACCACCCAUCCAAUGAUACCUACUCGAUGGAUGCUGCCGUACGAAGCUGGAAGACCUACGUCAAUCUGACGACGAACUUUAGCAGAACGUUGCCAACAGGGUAG